CCAGCUCUAACCGACUCAAAUCCGGAGCCCCAAAGCUCGCUUUUUUUUUGGCGCGCAAAAGCGUCAUUCGAGUCCGCCGAGGGACGAUGGAGCCUCGGUUUUGUAAACCGUCUCUCAAACGCUCGGGAGCCGCUCCGGGCUAAACCUCCCCAAAUUCUAGGGUUUACUACGACUACGGCAUGAGCAGAAGGAAAAAGGUGAAGUUUGCAGACUCUCCUCUUGUUCAGGAACUAAGAUGUGAAAAGAGCGCACCUUCAGUCAAGACGGAAACAAUUCAGUCUCCAAGUUGUGGUGCAAAGACUUCCGAGUACAAGUAUUUUAAAAAACUAUGUGAAGAAGCUGGUCAUAAAUGCUGUUCUUAUCAAGUUCCUGUGCAAGAAAUCAAUUUGAAGACAUCCAAAGAAAGGGAUGGGGCAGCAAAUUUCUAUAACUCAGGCACAUGCAAAUCUGAUAUGAGCAAGUCCAUUUUGCCUAUUCAAAAUGUCACCCCUAUUGCUGAACGGUCCUAUUUUACACCUGCUAAAGUUACCGAAAAUUGUGGAUUGAAUAGCUUAGUCACACGCAAAUAUGAUGUGAACAAAUCCUCAUUCUCCAUUCAUGGUGUCAUGCCUAUUUCUCAAUGCACCAUAUUCGCACCUGCAGAGGUUUCGUGGAACUGUGGAAGAAAAGACAAGCACGGUGGAAUUUUUACCAAAAAGAGAAGUAAACUACUUCGGUUAGCAUUGGAGGCAUUUUCUCUGGAAAUUGAUGAAUUACAACUAAAUAGAUCAGAUUCAAUUUUUAAAUUCCUGCAUAGGCUGGGUUCGGGGAGAAAAUCAAGCAGCCAUGAGAAAUUCAGAGAGACAGUGCAGAAGGUAUCAAAUGACAGGUGCCAGUCACUUGCUGCGUCCAAGUUUGAUGAUCCCUUUGAAGAAGUGCUUGAGUCAGCAGGAAGAGACCUUUAUUCAAUGACUUCCAUUAAACAGUCAAGAAUGGAUUUGCUUGCUCAUAAAUGUAACAGAACAGAUGAUUGCCUUAGUUUUCCACUGGACUACACUAAGAUUCAGGUUUCUCCAACUUGGCAUGUUCUUGAAGCAGGGUUUCAGUGGAACAAGCAAUCCAAUUGGGUAUUAGAUGAAGCAGGAAGCUCAGAUCUGCAUGCUGAGAACAGACCAACCUCGGCUAUUGAAUGGAGCACAGAAUUUGAAUACAACAUGUUGCCCAAAUUUGUUGACCCAAUCCCUAAAAAUUUUUCUGCUCAUCUCCCCUUCACUGAGAAAUCACUGGUGCCUUACACCAAAAGAAAUUCAACAAAGCUAUGGGAUCUCCACACUCGAGAAUUGCAUUUAGAGAUGGAAAAAGAGCAGGGUACUACUAGGUUACUGGGAUGGAAUGAGGACAUUGAAGAGCCAGAGCUGUCUUUUGGUUCUGAAAGUGAGAUGGAUCAUUUGCCCCUAACCUUGUAUACUGCUCCAAAUUUUCUUGAUCAAACAAAUCUCUAUGAAAGCAGAAAGAUAUUAAACUUUUCCUCUGGCAGCAACUGCUUGGCGCUGCCUGAUACAUCUUAUCUGAGUGUGAAUGGUCUCCUUUCAACUCCACUGCAUGGAUAUGAACUAGAAUGGACGAACUCACCAACUGUUGACAGCUUGUUCAAAUCUUCACUUACGAGCAACCAUAAGGUGAUGCUCCAAGGAAUACCCCAUCAAAACCUGCAUGGUCUCUUCUAGACUUCAGAACAUAAUUAUGAGCUUGAAAGGAAGGGUGCACGACAGAGAACUUUGCUUUUGAUUUCCACUCUCUCCAACCUCAUGAAGGGAACAUAAGAGAUAUACGGAAUUGCAUGUCUAUCAGAAACAAAGUUGAUGAUUUUGCAGCUGAAAGAAGCAUUGUAGGAAUCCAAAAUAGCCAUGCAGGUGACAUAUCUGGCCUAACUGAUUUUAAAUACUUAUGUCUCAAUUUUUCUUU